AUGGAUUCAGCUUUACAGCGGGUAAUUUUCUUCGGAAACGAGUUUCCCAGUGAUGACUUGAAAGAUCUCUUCCGCCGUCUGUAUCAACAUAGCAAAGACAGGCGAUUCAGGUUACUGUCCGCAUUCUUAGAGGAAUCGACAACUGUUCUGAAAGAUGAGAUAGCGAAGCUCCCAUGGCCCCUGAAGGAGUUGGUACCUCCUUUUAACUCUGUUCUGGAUCUCGCCGACGUCGACUUUCGUCAAGGGCCUCUUGGAGCUGCCAUGGAGAGCUCCAUGCUAACCAUUUUAGAACUGGGCAUGUUUAUUGGACAUUAUCAAGCUGAGGAUGUAGAGUGGGACCUGAUCCCAGAGAGAACUCUGCUCGCUGGCCUUAGCAUUGGUAUCCUGGCCGCCGCCGCUGUUGCUUUAUCUAGCAGUUUAGCGGACGUUUCUAAGAAUGGCGCAGAAGCUGUUCGAGUUUCUUUCCGGCUAGGUAUCUACGUUGCCGAUAUCUCAUCAAAACUGGAAACACCGCAAUCAGACGGUACUCUCAAAAGCUGGGCUCACGUCGUCACGGAGAUGACACAGGCGAGCGUCCAAGAUGAGCUCAAUCAGUUCAACACAGACACGCAUAGCCCAGAACUGACCAAGGUCUUCAUCAGUGCUGCAGACAAGACAUCAGUUAGUGUGAGCGGGCCGCCAUCCCGAGUCAAGGCAGCUUUCCAGCAUUCUCCUAUUUUGCGUUACUCCAAGUCGCUCCCGUUGCCAGUGUAUGAUGGCCUUUGCCACGCAUCGCAUCUAUAUACACGGAGCGAUAUAGAUGCCAUAAUCAAUUGCGCUGAGAGUGUCAUUAAGCCCGACCGCUCUGUACGGUUGGCCUUACUUUCCUCUCAGACUGGCAAACCAUUCGUUGCUAAAGCAGCAAGCGAGCUCUUCCUUGAAAUUGGAACUGAGUUACUGACUGGUACUAUCUAUCUUGACAAUGUUACUGCAGGCAUUAUAGAGCACUUUAAGCUCCAGUCAGAAGCAGCGACGAAAUGCCGGAUUGACUCUUUCCGUACUUCACUGGUUCUUCGUGGUAUCCACUCCGCUGUGGAAGCCCAUUUUGCCGAGGAGCAGCAACAAUUCAUCCGCUGCGACCUAGUGUGUUGGGUUCAUAAGGACUUCGGGCCCCGUCAACCUCGCUCGCACGCCUCUUCGAAACUUGCCAUUGUGGGUAUGGCAUGUCGACUGCCCGGGGGUGCUAAUGAUCUUGAUCUUUUUUGGAAACUGCUGGAAGAUGGCCGAGAUACCCUUACGACAGUUCCUGUGGAUCGCUUUGACCUAAACACUCAUUAUGAUCCCACGGGGAAAACAGAAAAUGCAACACAGACUCCAUAUGGCAACUUUAUCGACCGUCCGGGCUAUUUUGAUGCAGGUUUCUUCAAUAUGUCACCAAGAGAGGCCGAGCAAACGGACCCCAUGCAGAGACUUGCUCUUGUCACAGCAUACGAAGCCAUGGAAAUGGCGGGUGUUGUUCCUGGCCGUACCCCUUCCACACACCCUAGCCGCAUCGGCACAUUCUACGGCCAGGCCAGUGAUGACUGGAGAGAACUAAAUGCAUCACAAAAUAUCAGCACAUACGCAGUUCCCGGUGGCGAACGUGCGUUUGCUAACGGGCGAAUUAAUUACUUCUUUAAGUUCUCUGGCCCGUCAUUUAACCUUGACACAGCGUGUUCGAGUGGGCUUGCUGCUGUGCAGGCUGCUUGCUCUGCGUUGUGGGCCGGCGAGAUUGAUACUGCCAUUGCUGGCGGCCUUAAUGUCAUAACAGAUCCGGAUAACUACUGCGGCCUUGGAAAUGCCCACUUUCUUUCUAAGACGGGACAAUGCAAGGUCUGGGACAAGGAUGCAGACGGGUAUUGCCGAGCUGACGGUAUUGGUUCAGUUGUUAUCAAACGACUCGAGGAUGCUGAGGCUGAUAAUGAUAAUAUCCUGGCUGUUGUCCUCGGUGCUUGUACAAAUCACUCAGCAGAGGCUAUCUCAAUUACCCACCCGCACGCCGGAGCCCAAAAAGCUAAUUAUCGACAAGUGUUACACCAAGCUGGCGUUAAUCCGAUUGAUGUUAGCUACAUCGAGCUCCAUGGUACAGGAACUCAGGCUGGGGAUGCAGUUGAGUCUGAAUCGGUGUCGGAUAUCUUUGCACCAGUGACACCUCGUCGUCGACCUGACCAGCGUCUCCAUUUAGGGGCAGUGAAAAGUAACAUCGGACAUGGUGAAGCUGCAGCUGGUAUUGCAUCUCUACUGAAGGCUCUCCUUGUGUACCAGAAGAAUAUGAUUCCCAUGCAUAUUGGUAUAAAAAGUGAGAUCAAUCCGACCAUCCCUAAGGAUCUUGAACGCCGGAACGUUGGGCUUGCUAUGCAGAACACACCGUGGCCACGUGUAGAGGGUAAGAAGCGUCUUGCAGUGGUUAAUUCAUUCGGAGCACACGGAGGAAACACCACGUUGCUGCUGGAAGAUGCGCCAGAAAUGGUAAAGGCCCAGAACCCAGAGGACCGUAUCACUCAUUCGGUGCUUUUAUCUGCGAAGAGCAAAAAAUCGCUGCAAGCUAACAUGGAAAGCCUUUUAUCAUACUUGGACCAACAUCCGGAAACGAACCUAGCGGACCUGGCCUACACUACGUCUUCUCGUCGAAUGCAUCACAAUAUGCGUUUUGGUACGGCUGUUUCAUGUAUCCCAGCACUUCAGAAGGCCUUGCGAUCUCAGCUUGACAACACUAAUUUUGCUUCCGAAGUACGCCCUAUUCCGAACGAGGCUCCUUCGGUUGUACUCGCUUUUACUGGCCAGGGCGCCUACUACAGUGGCAUGGGUAGGGAACUUUUCUCUGAGUUUCCAUAUUUCCGUUCGCAGGUGCAGCAACUUGACCAACUGGCGCAACGGUUGGGCUUCCCAUCUGUUGUGCCCGUAAUUGAUGGUAGCAUCGAAGAUAGUUCGAAAUCGACGAUUCUAACGCAACUAAGUGUCGUGAUACUUGAAAUUGCUUUGGCACGGUUCUGGUCCUUGCUAGGUGUGAGUAUUAGUGCUGUUAUCGGACACAGUCUCGGGGAAUACGCCGCUCUUGCGGUUGCUGGCGUGAUAUCCGCUGCUGAUGCCAUCUACCUCGUCGGUCGACGGGCACGGCUGGUUGAGGAACGAUGCACUCUAGGUAGCCACUCGAUGCUCUCAGUUCGAGCAUCAGAAGACGCUAUUCAGCAAAUGCUUGCUAGCGGACCUGACACUGCUGCAAUUGAAUACGAGGUUUCGUGCUGCAAUACUAACCAGGACACAGUUAUUGGAGGCCUUAAGGAUGAAAUUAACGAUAUCCGCAAGGCACUUGAAGCGAAGAGCAUCAAAUGUACACUCCUAGAUGUCCCAUAUGCAUUCCAUACAGCACAAAUGGACCCAAUCCUGGAUGAUCUGGAGGCAUUUGCAGCACAUGUCCCAUUCAAUGCCCCAAGUAUUCCAGUGCUAUCACCUCUACUGGCCACCGCCAUCUUUGACGUGAAGUCCCUUAACGCAAACUAUUUACGUCGUGCUGCUAGGGAAACUGUUGAUUUUGCGGCGGCCAUUGAAGCUGCCCAAGAUAUGGGCCUUGUAGACUCCAAAACUGUCUGGAUCGAUGUUGGUCCUCAUCCAAUAUGCGCAGGACUUGUGCGUGGUAUGAUCCCUUCAGUCUCGGUCGUCUCUUCCUGCCGACGGAAUGAGGACAGCAUAGCAACCAUAUGCAAGAGCCUUGUGACCCUCCAUCUCGCAGGCCUAACGCCUUGCUGGGCGGAAUUCUUUAAACCGCGUGAGUGCGAAUACUCAUUGUUACAUCUGCCAAAGUACCGAUGGAAUGAAACCAAUUACUGGAUUCCGUACAUUGGGACAUGGACAUUGGACAAGGCUCACCUCAAGCAUGGGACAAAGCCAAUGACACCGUUCUCGCUUUCUAUGUCACGACCAUCGGCGCUGCGAACGUCCUUAAUCCACCAGAUCACAGCGGAAACUAUCGAGUCCACCACUGCCACACUCCAUACGAUAUCCGACAUGCAGCACCCUGACUUCCUUGAAGCUAUACAAGGGCAUACAAUGAACAAAUGUGGAGUCGCAACAUCCUCUAUUUGGUCCGACAUGGCUUUUACUGUGGGCGAAUAUCUCUAUCGUUUACUGAUGCCUAAUGUUAAGGAUGUUCACAUGAAUCUCACUGAUGUGGAAGUCUUGCAUGCACAAGUCGCUAGCAAGACCAGGGGGAGCAUUCAGCCUCUGGUGUUGCAAGCACACCUUGACCUGUCUACCAAUUCCAUGUGCCUCUCUUGGUUCAACGCUGACGGGGAGACUGGCGAGUGCGCAGCCGAGUCUUUCGCAACAGCGACGGUUCGCUUCGAGGACCCAGCUGCAUGGAAGAAAGAAUGGGCCAGGUUGGCACAUUUAGUCCGAGGACGCAUCGAAGCAUUAGAGCAACGAGCAGUUGAAGGUAAAGCCAGUCGACUGUCUAAACCCCUGGCCUAUGCUCUUUUCAAGAACGUAGUCGAUUAUGCAGAUCGAUACCGUGGCAUGGAUUCGGUUGUGCUGGAUGAACUUGAGGCAAUGGCUGAAGUGACACUCGUCCCAGAACGUCACGGCACUUGGCAUACGCCGCCACAUUGGAUUGAUAGUGUUUCCCACCUGGCAGGCCUGGUUAUGAACGGUAGCGAUGCAUCCAACACCCGAGACUAUUUCUUUGUGACACCGGGAUGCGACAGCUUCCGGUUGCUGAACAAGCUAGAACCCGGUGCCCAAUAUCGCAGUUACGUCCGGAUGUUCCCUCUGCUAGAGGACCCAAAUAUGCACGGCGGUGAUGUUUACAUACUCCAGGGAGAAGAAAUUGUGGGUAUGGUAGGCAUGAUUCGCUUCCGCCGCGUCCCUCGGCUGCUGAUGGAUCGAUUCUUCUCGCCUCCCACCACAACCUCAGUUGUUGGACCCGCACCGCCAGUUGUGUCUGCAGCCACGAAGACCCAUGGUAUCACCCAGAGUGUUCCUGAGAUCUCAGCCCCUUCACCAUCCAUCGUUGUCUCUGACUCAACUGCAAACAAUACCCUAACCGACAAGCUUCCGGUCCCAGUGCCGCGCUUGGCAUCAUCCUCUGAGAGCUCAACGCCCAAAGAGUCUCCUAUCGCGACACCCCCUGAAUCAGAGAGUGCUGAGCCCCUGGGCAACACAGUAUCACAGUGUCUACGACUGAUGGCCCGCGAGACAGGACUAGAAGUAGAAGCGCUAACUGGAGACGCCAGCUUUGUGCAGCUGGGUGUCGACUCACUUAUGUCCCUGGUAUUAUCAGAGAAAUUCCGCGCUGAACUAGGAGUGGAGAUUAAGAGCUCGCUCUUCCUUGAAUGUCCAACAAUUGGAGAGAUGACAGCUUGGAUAGAGGAAUACUGUUAA